GCGACCGCCAUGGGCAGCAGCAGCAGGAGGAGAUCUGCCGUUCGGCGUGUUGGCAGCAGCGAGUGAGGCCACGCACGGCAGUGAUGGAUCAGCACGAGUUCAAGGUGUACGAGACGACAAGCCAGAGGGAGUUCGGGCCUCCGAGAAGCCAGGUCAACCAGGCGAUACGCCCAGGGUCGGCUCGAGGUCUGCUCGCCCAUGGGGAUAUGGCCGGGGCCUGGGCAGAGCCUGCUGAGUACACGCAUGCCUUCUCGUGGAAGCCCGUGGGGCCUACGCAGCCCAUUCGCUCCGGAACGGCUUCUGGAAACCGCAGGAACAACCCCCAGCCCAGCAAGGCUUUCCUGGUGUGGAGGCUUCCCAGUGGCAGGUGUGGUUCUGGCUGCGAGCGCCAAUCCCCCACCAUGACAGAGGCCGAAAUCAAGGCGAUCUUGUCAAGUCAGUACCAGUCGACCUACCAGGGCGACUACCUGGGCGCACAGCAGAGUGUGCGGGCAGGCCAGGGGAGCGCGGAGGACGGGGGACACCGCGGAGCCUCGGGAUCGUGGCGGCUCGUCGGAGGAGCGCAACCUCUCCUCUCCGAGUUCCAGCAGGGCUACCGGUGGCCGCGCCUCGACCCGCGGGUCUCCUUCCGUGCCACAAACUUUGGCUGCAACAAGAACCGCCGCCUGCCUGCCCUCGGCAUCGCUCCGAGCGUUGCGCGAGUGCGAGGGCCCCUCCCAGACACGGGGGGAGUUGUCACCUCGUACCAGCAGCACUACGGAGACGCGGACUCCUGCCCCGUCCGUGCGCCUCGCUGCAGCACCCAGCCGCUACUUUCGUCCAGGAGCAGCGCUCGCCUGCACUAGGGCUAAGAAACUGGAGGUCCCGUACCUCUACUGAAGGCUUGGGAUGACUGGAGCGAUAUCAAAUAAAGACCUCUCACAAUCAUCUGCAGAAGCCUUCAGCGGGAGAAGAUCAUCCCCACAGCAGCAGCAGAAACACCAAGGCGUUGGAGGAGACCUGGGCUUAGGGCUCUUAAUGGGACUACACGGCCCAAGGAGAUGAGGACUCAAAUUAAUGUUUAACGAGGCUUUGUUAAUAAAGUCUGAAUAUCCAUGCAGGCAUCAUUAUUUUGAUGGUUUGUCUCCAGAUUUUCAAAUGUGCAUGCAAAAGUGUACAUCUCUGUUGUAGAUAAGAGAAAAUUCACAUUAUCAUGACAGGGGUGAUAUCCAAAGGACCACUUGAUUUCUCAAAGUGUUGCUAAUCUUAUGGACCUUGAAAAUGCUAUUGGCUGGGUUAAACGAUUUUUUAAAAUUGAAUGACCGCAAGAUGAUUCUGCAUGUCAAGGUCAAAUUUAAAGAUAAACCAACUCUAUUAACGUCUACUCACAACGUCCUCGCUUCUAAUAUAGCUGUGACGAUGCCACCAGUUGGUAUGGCGUGAAAAUAAUGAUUUAACGAAAACUACGACAUUCACACAAUGUGCUUU